AUCAUUUAUGACAUCAGCAUAUCAAAAUUAUUUGAAAACACCAAAAAAUAUUAAUUUGAAGCAAAUAAAAAAAAUAUUUUUUUCAAAAACACUUUUAAAACACAAAAACACACAAACCCUAAUCUCAAAUCUACACAUCAUUGGGUUGACCCGUAGGGUCGGUUUUAUAACAAUAGUAGCACCUGCCCAUGAAAAUUAUUAAUCAUUAUUUAUUCUUAUCAAUUGCCCCAAUUUUCAAAUCGUUAACCGUACUGCAACGGCAAGAUUCCUUGGUCAAGCAAAACAGCGACCGUAAAGACCUAGCACAAACAUCACCAAUCAUAGAGAAUCCUAUCCCACUGCAGAAAAUGUGACCGUUACACCAAAGAAAAAGCCCAACGGCUCUUUUCAACUUUGCCUAAAAAAUUUAAAAUUUUGAAAAGAACAGAAAGGAGAUGCGCACAAAUGCUCCUUUAUUGCAUUCCCAAUCUCACAAAUAAAUAACCCUUAGGCCCUAUGAAUUAAUCGAAAUCAUAUUGUCUCUCCUUCCUCAUUUAUUUUGCCCUUUCUUUUAAAAAAAUGGCACUGAGACCCAUUGAUAAUUCACUUCCAAUAGCACCAGAGAGACCCAAAAAACAUGUGAAAGUAGUUUCUGUUCCAAUUCAAAAACAAUCAGAGGUUGGUGUAAAUGAUGAAAACAAGGCUCCUUUGCCGGAUUCCACUAUUGAUUAUAUCUCUUCUGAUGAUCUCAAACCCAUUUCUGAUCCUGAAUCCAAGAUCCAAGGUUUGAUUGAAAGGUUAGAUUCAAAGGAUUGGACUAAAGUUUGUGAGUCACUGAAUAAUGCUAGGCGUUUUGCACUGUAUCAUUCCUCCCUCCUGUUACCAUUCUUGGAAAAGGUAAUGUCAGUGGUGGUAAAAGCUAUGAAGAACCCGAGAAGUGCUUUGAUCAAGACCUCUAUUAUGGCUUCAUCUGAUAUUUUUUAUGCCUUUGGUGACCAAUUACUUGACUCUACUAGCGAUGCAUUUGAUAGUUUGCUAUUGCAGCUGCUGCUUAAAGCUUCUCAAGACAAAAAGUUUGUGUGUGAAGAAGCUGAUAGGGCUUUGAAUGCAUUGGUGAAAUCCAUGACUCCUCUGCCUUUGCUUAAUAAGCUUAAGCUAUAUGUUAGCCAUGUCAACCUUAGAAUCAGGGCCAAAGCUGCUAUAUCCAUCUCCAACUUUGUGUCUAAGAUGGAGUUGGAAGGAAUGAAUGAGUUUGGUUUGGUUUCUUUGGUUCAAGUGGCUGCAGAUCUGUUGAAUGAUAGGCUGCCAGAGGCAAGAGAGGCGGCAAGGAGAACUGUGAUUUCUAUAUAUGAAGCAUAUACAGGAAAUGAAGAGCAGAAGCAGGAGGAAUGGCAAAACUUUUGCCAAUCCAGUUUGCCACCUAUUCAUGCCCAGUCUAUUGUCAAAAUUACAUCUAGUUCUCGUUAGAUUUUAUGUUUGUCAAAGAACCAUCUCAACCCAAUAGCUUAAGCUGUUAGGUAAGGUUCAAGGAUAUGAUUUAUAUUAGGUUCAAGGAUAUGAUUUAUAUUAUUCUCUAACAAUGUUAAACUAUAUCAGCAAGGGUGUUAGAACUAGGAUUGUUUUAACUAAUCAGAACUUCAAUUGCAUGCAUGUAUAUUUACAUGAUUCGAAGAUUACUGUUCAGGUGAUGUGGUUGCUGUUGAUCUUCCCUCAUUUGCUUUUUUUACAUGGUAUUUAUACAAAGCUGACUCAAUUCCCCAUUCAAAA